AUGUGGACCAUUACUCUUCUUGCCCUUGUCUGCGCAUCAGCCUCGGCCAAUGCCAUUCAGGCUAGGUCCUCCUCCUACAAUGGAGAGUAUGGAGGUGGUGGAGGCGAGCGAUUCUCCCAUUCUGGUUACCAGCUGGAGGGUCCCAUCACUGCCAUCCGUAUCCGGGUCAACAGAUACUACAUCGUAGGCCUCCAGGUGCGCUAUGGCAAGGUGUGGAGCGACUAUGUGGGUGGCACCCAGGGAGACCUGGAGGAGAUUUUCCUGCACCCCGGGGAGUCAGUGAUCCAGGUGUCUGGCAAGUACAAGUACUACCUGAGGAAGCUCGUCUUCGUGACUGACAAGGGCCGGUACCUGCCUUUUGGGAAAGACACAGGCACGAGUUUCAAUGCUGUCCCCUUGUACCCCAACACCGUGCUACGCUUCAUCAGCGGCCGAUCUGGUGCCCUCAUCAAUGCCAUCGGCCUGCACUGGGACGUCUAUCCCAGCGACUGUGGCAGUUGCUGA